GGCGGCUGAGGAGAAGGAGGGAGUUUGUUGAUUUCCCUUCCAGAGCGCGAGGUGCGCUUGUUUAGAUUUGCUGCUCGCGCUCCCAUCUGGAGGCUGCGGCUGCAGGUUUCUGCGCGCGUGCCGAGGGAGAGACAGAUGGAGGUCACGGAGAGGGACUCGCUCUCGGGAAAUUAACCAGAUUGGAGGCCGAGGAGCGCGUGACGGGGUUGUUCGGAGGUUCUUGGAAAGCGCGAACCGUAGCGCGCCGUGUUUUUUGCAGUAAACGGUAAACAUCCGCCGAAGUGAAAGACGCUGGCUGAGACAGGUGUGGGCGGCUUAUUAUACAUCGCCGUGAGCUCUUUGCUGAAAAUGAGUUUCGAGGCGAGCUGGUGAAGCAGAGGUGGACGAGAGGAGAGAGGAUCAGCAGUUGCGAAUCUACAAAGGGCCUGCAGAGCAGACAAAUCAAAAUGAGCCAAGACAGCGAAAGCAAGAGAGCACGUACUCGCUCCAAGGGAAUAAGAGUGCCUAUAGAGCUUGUAGGACAGGAGUUCAGCUGCCCAACUCCGGGAUGCAAAGGCUCAGGCCAUAUCAGUGGAAAAUAUGCACGACACAGAAGUGCUCUGAGCUGUCCACUGGCGAGGAAAAGGAGGCUCCAAGAGGCCGACUCAGACCAGGAUCAGCCCAUCUCCAAGAGGAAGUCCCACCCUCUCAAGCUGGCCCUGGAUGAGGGCUACAAUGUAGACAGCGAUGGCAGCAGCGAAGACACGGAAGCCAAGGAGGACUCCUGCGCAGAGGAGUCAGAGGAAACUCCAGAGGACCAGGAUGAGAUGGUUGAGGAGAAGGAGAAGAACAAAGAGCGGUCAAACACAGACGAGGAUGAAGAUGAGGACUGUGUUGUUGUGGAAACUUCGAGUACAGUACAAUCGAAGGACGCCAAGGCAACAGCCAAAGUCGUGGUCACGGCGGGUGCUCGGAGAGAGGAGUACUCAAACUACCAUGAAAUGGUGGCCAGUUCCCUGCUCAAUCUGAGUCAGAUUGCUGAGAGCCACAGUCCAGCUGAUAACACCAAUGUCCAACGACAGGAGUCUUCAGAGCGUAAACCCGUAGAUGAGCGGGGCAAUGAGAAUGAACACGGGGACAGUCGAAAGGCAGCUGAGGUGACAGAGAAGCACGUGUCAAAGCCGCAGCCUGAAGGGGAAGGCGUAGCAACACAUGUAAAGGAUGACGAUGAGGAAGAAGAGCUAGAUGAUGAUGAUGAGGAUGAGGACGAGGAUGACGAAGAGGAGGAAACACAAUUCAUGAGCAAGAAGGACAAUUCUGACCACCAGUAUUUCAGCGAAGACUUCCAGAAAGUUCACGCAAAGGACGCGGUAGAGGAGGAAUCGGGCUCAGAGAGACCGUGUGAGGAAACAGUAGAGGAAGAGGAGGAAGAUGAAGAAGAUGAUGAAGGAAUCCACACUCAGCAUGCCAUUGCUGCUGUCACGGCUAUCAGUACUCCAACUCAAAGAUCUGAGAGUGAAACGCUGAGCGAGGGGCAGAAGGCCGCGUCACAGGAGGACUACCCUUCCCAGAAGGCCUUACCCUCCGUGAUUAUCGAGGUGCAGUCCAAGGACUCAGAGAAGGAAGACAACGAUGAAGACAAUGGAGACGAGGAGGAUGAGGAAGAUGACGAUAGCCUCUCGCAAAAGUCAGCAGUAACCGAUGAGUCGGAGAUGUACGACAUGACGAAGGGCAACUUGGGCCUGUUGGAGCAAGCCAUUGCUCUCAAGGCGGAGCAGGUGAAAAGCCCACGCGAGUUGGGCCACGCUCCCGAGCACCUCGGCUACCUUGGCAUGGAGGAGCGCUCGGGGAAGCCCAUGGAAACCAUUCGCAAGAGUUACUUCAGCAAAGAGAGCUCCAGGCCCGAGAAAAGGGAAGUCAAAUGUCCCACUCCAGGGUGCGACGGAACAGGUCAUGUGACUGGACUGUACCCCCACCAUCGCAGUCUGUCAGGCUGCCCACACAAAGACAGAAUCCCACCGGAGAUCCUGGCCAUGCAUGAGAACGUGCUGAAGUGCCCAACCCCUGGCUGCACAGGACAGGGUCACGUCAACAGCAACCGCAACACGCACCGAAGUUUGUCUGGAUGCCCCAUUGCAGCAGCAGAGAAGCUCUCUAAAACGCAGGAGAAGCAGCAGCACUCUCAGACUAUGAGCGAGUAUCCCAAAGGAAGCCCAAACUCUGACAGAGUACUCAGGCCCAUGUGCUUCGUGAAGCAGCUGGAGAUCCCCCAGUACGGCAGCUACAGACCCAGCGUGCUCCCUGCCACGCCUCGCGCCAACCUGGCCAAGGAACUGGAGAAGUACUCCAAAGUCUCCUUCGAUUAUGCAAGCUUUGACGUUCAGGUCUUUGGGAAACGCAUGCUCGCGCCAAAGAUACACACCACUGAAACCUCACCGAAAGCCUUUAAAUCGAAACCGUUCCCCAAGGCCUCCUCCCCAAGUCACAGCCUAGCGGGCAGCUACUCAAAGAGCACCUCGUCUCCGUCCUCCAGCGGCUACGACUACUCCCACGACGCCGAGGCAGCCCACAUGGCAGCUACGGCCAUCCUCAACCUAUCCACGCGGUGCUGGGAGAUGCCCGAGAACUUGAGCACCAAGCAGCAGAGUGCGUCCAGCAAGAGCAUGGACAUUGAGGUGGAUGAGAAUGGGACGCUGGACUUGAGCAUGAAGAAGUCAGUGAAGCGGGAAGGCAGCGUGCCGUGCGGCAGCCCCGGCGUCCGCUCACCGGACAACUCCUCGUCCUCCUCAUCGCAGCACCCGGGCAACAGCAGCGCCGUGACCUCUCCCCAGUCCAGCCACGCCUACAAGCAGGAGGAAUGGGAGGGCCCCCUCGACUACACGAAGCCCAACCGCCAGCGAGAGGAAGACUCUGAGGAGAUGGAGCAGACAGCUCAGUCCUACGCCUCAUCUGACCCCGAGGAUUGUGAUAUGAUGCAGGACUGCCCAGAGGACAGGAAGUACCCUGGCGAGGUGACCACCCCCAGCUUCAAAGUCAAGUUCCAGACCAAGGAUUGCAAGAAGGAGCUCCUGCUGUGCCCCACGCCUGGCUGUGAUGGAAGUGGCCACAUCACUGGAAACUAUGCAUCCCAUCGCAGCCUCUCUGGGUGUCCUCUUGCUGACAAGAGCCUGCGAUCGCUCAUGGCAGCCAACUCUCCUGAGCUCAAGUGCCCCACUCCAGGAUGUGAUGGAUCCGGUCAUAUCACUGGCAACUAUGCCUCCCACAGAAGUUUGUCUGGGUGCCCGCGUGCCAAGAAAGGUGGAAUAAAAACAACUCCCACCAAGGACGACAAGGAGGACUCCGAGCUCUUAAAAUGUCCAGUCCCAGGGUGCGACAGCCUGGGCCACAUCAGCGGGAAGUACGCCACCCACCGCAGCGCCUACGGCUGCCCGCUGGCCGCCCGCAGGCAGAAGGAAGGUCUCCUCAACGGCUCUCCGUUCUCCUGGAAGUCCUUCAAGACCGAAGGUCCCACGUGUCCCACCCCCGGCUGCGACGGCUCCGGCCACGCCAACGGAAGCUUCCUCACGCACAGAAGUCUCUCUGGCUGCCCCAGAGCCUCCCUCGCCAAAAAGAAAGCCAAGUUCCCAGGGGACGAAUAUCUCAGCACAAAGUUCAGGGCCAGCGACGUUCUGGACAACGAUGAGGACAUCAAGCAGCUGAACAAGGAGAUCAGUGAGCUGAAUGAAUCCAACAGUGAGAUGGAAGCAGAUAUGGUGAACUUGCAGACCCAGAUCUCAUCCAUGGAGAAGAACUUGAAGAAUAUCGAGGAGGAGAACAAGAUGAUUGAGGAGCAGAACGAGGCCCUGUUUGUGGAGCUGUCUGGGCUGAGCCAGGCCCUCAUCCGUAGCCUGGCCAACAUCCGUCUCCCACACAUGCAGGAGCCAAUAACCGAGCAGAAUUUUGAUGCCUACGUGAACACUCUGACUGACAUGUACACUAACAAGGAAUGCUACCAGAACCCAGAGAACAAGGCCCUGCUGGAAACCAUAAACCAAGCGGUUAAGGGCAUCAAGGUCUGAAAAGUAACCAAGGAAGGAAUCUGAGGCUUCGGCAGAGGAAAACAAUUUUUAAAAAAAUAAAUAAAAGGGCAUUCAGGUUUUUAAACAGCACUGUACUUCUUCCCAGGGACGAUGUCAUCAAAAAUGAAAUGACCGUAACUAAAGUCCAGAGACGCUGCUGCCGGUUAACGGGGACGAGCCGAACGGAACCAAAUUCACCAUUUUUCAUUUUUUAAUUUUGAAUAUGUUAUUCGUGGGACGGUCUUUUGCCCCCUGUUGCUCAUCUGCUACCGCUGACGAAAAGUGAUCAGGAGCAAAACCCAAGUGCGGCAUCUGCCUGCCAAGGAUAAUAUGAAGAUCAAACCGACAUUUGAACGUUUUCAUCAAUGUGCUGUCGAGGCUACGUGUGUUGGGAAGGGAUGACAAUUGAUUAUCGAAACAGCUUAUGUGAAAGCACUUGUCAGAGCCGGCGCCAGAUGAAUUCCUGACACCGGCGGCCUCCUCCGGGGUCGUUUUCCCGAGCCUCGGCCGAGCGUCGCGUGGUCACGGCCGACGUGUUUCCGGCAGAGCUCCAGGAAGGCUAGCAGUAGCGUUGUAAAUCAGCAGCCGGUUCAAACUUUUGCUCGCGACACAACUCCUCCGAGUCUGGAAACGUGUCUCAUACAGCAGGGGGUCCUUCGACACAACUGGUCCACGCAUCCGCGGAGAUGUCAACCAGCGAUCAUCCUUUCUACUAGGUGUUCUUGACACGUCAAGAAAAACAGUAGAUGCAGCCUCUCUCUCCUUAAGUGACAAUAUAUCGUGUAAAUAGAUGUCCAUCCUAGUAAUAUCUAUAGUAUUUUUGAGCAUAGAAGUUGCACUUUGUUUCCCGGACUAGUUUGUAGAUUUAUGAUUGUUAUAUAAAUUAUUUAAGUUGAAUCACUGAGGAGUGCAAAGGUAAUUUAUUCUCAACUAUUUUACGUUGCCUAUUUAUUUAAUCUUGUCUAUUUAUUCGGUUAAAGGUGUUGUUUUGGAAAACGGUUUUUUUAAAUGGCCACGAGAAAAACGAGAAUGAGGACGUCUUCCUCGUCAGCGUUUAAGAAAGAGGAAGCUAUUCAGAAUAUCAACCAUAGCAAAUUAUUUUAUAUAUCUUAUUUAUUUUCAGGGGUGAAAUUUCUGGCCUCUUUUUUAAGUGCAAAUAUUUUAUAUGUGACAAGUUUUGAUAAUUUUUUUAAGGUUUUCCUUUUGUUGCUUCUAUUUCUGUUGUCUGGAAAAUAUUUUCGGUCAUCCGC